GAUUCAUGUAGGAGGAAUCUGAUGUGAGGGACGUCUCAUCCCAUUUCUGCCAAGGAGGAAUCAAGACAAUAAACGCUGGAGAUGGAUGAAGCUGCAUCAGGAUCAGGCGUCAGAGCUGUACACAUAAAGGGGGCCUCCACCACCUCCAGCCAGAUUUGGACCCUGAUAUUUUAGCGACGCUCUGUCCACGUAUAUAUCGCCGCGAUGCUCCUGGUGGUCCUGGCGGUGACUCUAGGCCUCGUAGUCUCCUCUCCAAUACCCAACACCACAACGCCCGCCGCCCCCGGAGCGCACAUCGCCGACGCCCCGGUCAAGAGUUCUCUGAAUGAGAUGUUUGAGGAAGUAGAAGAACUGAUCGGGGACACACAGUCUAAGCUGGAGAACGCCGUGAAAGAGCUCCAAACAGAAGAAAGUCUGAAGGAUCACGUCUCCCUGACGGAUCUGCCGCCAAACUACCACAACAAAACCGUAAAGGAAACCAAAGUGGGCAACGCCACCAUUGUGACCAAAGAGGAGAUCAUCAAGGAAACGGACAACAAGACCGGAUCCACGUACAUCUCUAAGACCAUUAUAUCCACGCUGAAGGACGGCGACAAGAUGGGACACGACUGUAUUGUGGACGAGGACUGCGGUACUGGGAACUACUGUAACCUCUCAGGUGUGAACUACAAGUGCCAGCCAUGCCAGGAGGAGGCGACGUGCAUCAGGGACGGGGAGUGCUGCGAGGGGCGGCUGUGUGUCUGGGGUCAGUGCAGGACGUCCUCCAAGGGCCAGAGCGGGACAAUCUGUGAGAACCAGCAGGACUGCGGCCCCGGACUGUGCUGCGCAGUGCAUACAGUCCUCCUGUUUCCAGUCUGCACCCCGGCGCCUGGUAGGGGGGAACCGUGCCAAACCCUGAACCCGCUACUGGAGCUCUUCCCUUGGGAGUUGGAUUCUGAAGUCCCUGUGAGCCAUUGUCCCUGUCCCAGCGGACUUGUCUGCCAGCCUGAGAGUCACGGCCUGGUGUCCGUCUGUGAGGAGCCGUCUCUACUGGACACCAAGAGGGAUCCUGCAGGGACCACUGAAGAGGACUGGUCCCUCGUCACCCCAGCACCCCGAGAUGACAUUGUCUAUGAAGACGACCUCAUCGCGCCUACAGGGUUCGGAUUUGACCUUGGAGCCUCCGAAGACGUCAUUGACCGAGAGUCAGAACUUGUUCCUCAGCCGCAGUUCGUAGAUUUAAUAUAAAGAAAUAGAAAAUAAAGGUGCCCCCCCCCUCCCCUGAAUGACAGAUAACCCCCACCCCCUUUUUUUUUAUUAUUAAUUUGCAUUUUGAAAACCAUUAUACAGAUCUGGAGCUGCAGGAUAUCCCCCCCCCCCCCCCCCCACCACAAUAAGAUGGAAAUACCUGAGGACUGUCAGAUAUUGUAGCGCCCCCUGUAUCAAAGUGAGGAUGGUCACCCCCCAGACUGGUCUAGGGGGACGCACUCACAUACAAUGGCUGAUUCGCUAAAAUUAAAAGGGGAGUCCAGUCUUCCGUACAUUAAGUUUCAUCUGCAGUUGUGUUUCGUCACCUGCUUGCUGUCAGUGAACGGGAACGUUCUUCUUUCUAUCCAGAGAACUCUGAAAUGAUACAUGUUAAUUGUACUGAUACAUUGUAGCAAACUCUAUGGAUAUUGUGCAGCUUCUUCCUUUUAGAUGUGUGCAGCUCUGGAUGUCACUAGUGUAUGAGCCAGCGAGCCAGACAGCCAAUGCUGGGAGUUAAGUUUUGCAACAGCUGGAGGUGCCUUUGUUUGGCAGCACUGCCUUAGCUUGUCAGAAUCAGUAGCAGCAGUUCAUUGCUUAGUGUAACCCUUUCCUUGCUGUUGCAGUUUCUUUGAUUUCUGCUCACAGAUCCCCUUUGGCUUUCUGGGCAUGCUGGGAGUUGUAGUUUAGCAACAGAUGGAGCCACACUAGUUUGGAAAGACUGGCGCCAAAGUACAAGCCUUCAGUUCUGUAGGUCCACAUGAUUACCAUGAUGCCCAAUUUAUAUGGGUUUUGUUUUAAUUUUUUUAAAUGUAUAUGUUUUUGUGAGAAAAGGAAUAUGCUAAAAACUGACCUAUUUUAUCCCCAUGACUCUAUUACUUUACUUUUCCAUAUAAGGUGCUACAUGAGGGCUCAUUUUUUGCACCGUGAUCUGUAGUUUUUUUUAUUUUUUAAUCGGUACCAUUUUUGUUUUGAUGACUUUCUGAUAUAUGAAGUGACAAAGUCUACUACUAUGCGUUUUUUUUUAAUUAACAUUUUAAUAGAUCAAAUGUUUCCGCACACCGCAACAUCAUGUUUUAUUUUGUUUAUUUUUAUUUUUUUAAAGCCUUUAUUCACUAUUUUUUAGUCCCCAUAGGAGACAUGAUUGGCGCACUGAUCAGACGGGACAGAAGCAGGUAGGGAUCCUCCACCCUCCCUCUCAGUUUAUCAGGACCCCACAAUUAAAGCUGCCGUGGUCCUAAGCGAUAUUAGUGUUUUUUUUUUUUUUUAAUUCUCAGUUUUAAACACUGGUGUCUAAAUGGUUAAUGCCAGACAUCGGCCCAAUCAGCAAUGUCCGACAUUAACCAUGGAUCCUAGCUGCUUAAAGGAGACGUAGCAUGCUGGGAGUUGUAGUUUUGCAACAGCUGGAGGCACUCUGGUUGGGAAACACUGUUUCAGACUCUGCUGUCUGACUUUGUCCUAGGCCGGGCGCCCAAUAAGGUUCUAGUGUGAAGCUAUGGGGCUCCUGUACAAAGCUGUGGGCUGUCAGGGCAUGCUGGGAGUUGUAGUUUUGCAACAGCUGGAGGCACCACAGUUGGGAAACACUGCUUUACUGGAUGGAAGUGCAAUAAUAACGUAAUUUGGAGUUUGCAUGUGUCACAUGAUGUACGAUUUCCCAAAGAUUAUUUUUUGGCAUUAAACUAUUUUAAUAUCCUGAUGCAGCUUUAUUUAAAACAAACAGAAUCUAAAUAAAAAGUGCAAAUAUUUAAUUUGGAGAAAUGAUGAAAAGCUGCAAUAAUCCAGGAAGUGUCUCUGAGCGCCACCUGGUGGACUCCUAGGGAACAGACAGAGAACAUUACUGUAAAAUCCUGGGAUAGAGAGAUAUUUACUGCCUUCGGCUGUCCGGGCAUGCUGGGAGUUGUAGUUUUUGUAACAGCUGGAGGCACCUUGGUUGGGAAACACUGCUCUAUUCACUGACUGGCCCCUUUAUAUAGCAUUGCUAACCUGUUUGCCCCAGUUCUGAAACCAAAUAUUCAAUUGUUUUAGGGGUCUUAGUUCUGUACUUCCUGGUUGAGCAGUUGCUCAGUACUACAAUUCCCAGAAUGCACUGAUUUCCCUUGACUCUUCAUCACAGCCCUCCCUUCCCCACCCUGCCUGCACUGCUGUGAGUUCCCUGGUCAGAGCUGCUGCAGAACAUCUCAUUUCACAGUGAGGUUGCAGCACCUACUGUAUACAUUCUCUGUCCGCUCCUCUGCCUGCAUGCUGUAACCACACUUCAUUCUCAUUAAAAUGUCCCAAUAACAAUAUGUAUGUAUAUGACAUGGAUACAGUGAUGUAGCUGUAGGGGCUGGUCAGACAUGACGACAUCACUCAGGGGGCGGGGCUAGAGCUUAGACAAGAUACAGCCACUGCUUCUGGCAUAGCAGAGGAUGAUGGGAGAAGCCAGGAGUGUGGAAAAGCUGCUGAGACAACACCACACUGACAAUGAGAGGACUACACAACUUCCUGUUACUAAAGAGGGAGGGGACCAGGGAGCUGGAGAGACAACACCACACUAACUGUGAGAGGACUAAACAACUUCCUAUCAGGAGAGAGGGCUGCUGAGACACCACCACACUGACCAUGAGAGGACUACACAACCUCAUGUCAGAAAAGAGGGAGGAGCCAGGGAGUUGGAGAGACAACACCACACUAACAGUGAGAAGACUAAAUAACUUUAUCAGGAGAAAAGGACAAGCUGAGAAACCACCACACUGACAAUAAAAGGACUACACAACUUCCUGUCUGAAGCCAAUACAAUUUAGUGCUAACACUAUAUUAGUUAUGUAUCUUGGGCUGAUUUAUUUAUUUACUACAACUUUCUGAUACCUAAAUAUGUCUCAAAAAUUAGUGUUUCCCCCAAAAAUACAACUCCCCUUAGGACCUGCAGCUGUCAGAGCAUGAUGGGAAUUGCAGUUUUGCAAACGAUGAGGAGCCCCAGACUUGGGGGGGUCACUGUAUAAAAAAGGUGGCGCAAACUGCGCAUACGACACAAAACAAUGCCGGAGUUUUUUUUUUUCUGGAACGUUCCACUAAUCGGUGACACGUAAGAGUUGUCAUAGUCCCCGGGUCCAGACGGGUACUGGAAGAAACACAACUUUUUAUUUAAUUUUUUUUAUUUAUUGGCAUGUUCAUUGUUGUAAACAGCGGUCAGCAUGAAAAAAAAAAAAAAUUAUCAAAAACCUUGUACUGAUCUGUUAUAAAUUAGAUGGCAAAAUUUUCCAAAGUUAUGCGGAGGAAUCCUUUACAUUUUGUGUGGUUUUUUUUUUAUGUGAAACAAAAAAAUAAAAUAAAAAGAAUGGAUUUUUCUGGCAA